UUCUCUAUUAAUUAGUAAUUCUAAUUGUCUAUCUGGUUAAAUCAGAGAAUUUACUUUUAACUUGUAAUUUAAUUCAAAGUUUCAUGUUUAUUUUGUGCUUUUGAAGCUCCAUUGAAAAUAACGUUACCUUUUCAAGGAGAAAUGGAUUCAACCUUGAUUGAUAUUAAUGGAUUUAAUUUUUACAAUUAACUAUUGAUUACAAUGACUAAUUGUAUGUCCAUCAUCUAUUUACUAUUAUUAAUCUUUACCAUUUUAAUCAAACCUUGGGAAAGUUUCGUUGGAUUACCCAAUGGUUCAUUACGACAAUUUAUUAAUCAUCAAUGGUUGGAAAAUGUGGAUAAUUCUGAAGGAUCAAAUCUCUGGAAAAUAAUCUAAAUUGAGUGAUGAAUCAGGAAGGAGGUAAAAUUUUGUAACCAUUUGAUUAGAGGGAUUAAACAUCAACAACAAUUAGGAAAUUAUGUUCAAUUUAACUGUAUUGCGAUUAAUUUUGCUUCGUUUGGGUCGAUUGUCACGGAGGAAAUGGCUUAUAUUUCUUGGUACAUUUUUGAUCAUCAUCUUAACUGGUUUCUUGAUUCUCGAUUCAAUUCUUUUGGUGGUCAAUCAAUUUACUAAUUUCUACCAUUGGAUAGAUUGUCUUUCUGGUAAAAUGCUUGCCCGUCAAGAGGUUUGUGUGGCCUGGGAAAAGGAUAAAAUCAUUGGUAACCUUUGCUCCGAUUGGUGUCAAGGGUCAUCUUCGGUGAUACAGUCAUGUCCAUCAACCAGGUCCUUCCAUGGUGGUAAAGAGUGUAUAUUUUAUGGAGAGUGGAAAAACUCUGAGAUUAUUGUGAAAGCUAAGAAAUUGAAAUCAACCAACAUGAUGGAUGUUGAUCUGAAAUUAACUCGAGACGAGAUAAUCCAAGGAUUAGCUUCAAUUGUGUCCACUGCUUUCGAUGGUUCGGAAAAUAUUGACUCAUCAUAUUUGACCAUUCCCUGGACAGGAUCGCCCUCCAAAUUGUCCUCUCUAACCAACAAAGAGCUUCACAAUCUAUGGAUUCUCGCCCAAGACAAUGAAUUCAUUUAUUCAACUUUUUUCGGCUCUUUAACCCAAUGGAAUCCAAUUAAACUAUUACCUCAACUUAAGGCCACUUGUGGUCACUUUUAUGCCGUUGAAUAUAUCCCAAGGAUCCUUCAAUUGACCGACAUUAUGCCAGAUAAACUUAAUACUCGGCCAUUUGUUGCCUCUUUCCAUCGGCGGGUUCACAUUGCGACCAUGUUAUUGACCUGGUUGAGGGAUCUUGAGAUGAGCGGGUACAAUUUACACCUUUGUGAUGUUAAAUAUGAUCAAUUUGGGAUAACCGAUAACGGGUCAAUUGUCCUAAUUGAUUCGGACAUGUUAUAUCCAAGGGAAAUCGUUCGAGAAUCAAUUCAACACAUUGAUUCAUGUAUCAAGGAUGAAGAUUGUGAUUUUAUUGAUUGCAAGGGUCGUUGUAAACCCUCACCAAUUGGCUCGGGUGAUAUUUGUGAAAUUAACGAUGAUUCUGAUAACAAUUUAAAACGAUUCUGUCGAAAUCUAUUUUUCAUCAAUGAAAUUACAUCAACAACAACUUCUAGUCAAAUUAAGGUUGGAUUAUUUUCUCAUCUUCCCUCAUCCCAAAUGGAAUCUGAUGUUUACCAAUUACAACAAUUAUGCUCUAAAUUGUGGUUAAAACAAUCAGAUUUAAUUGCCACAAUUAACCAAAUGAUUGAUUUAACAGCUGCAAUACAAUCAAGGUCUCAUCUUUAAUCGGAGUUUGGUAAUUUAGUUGAUUGUUUACAAUCAGCAAAACCAAAAUAAGUCAAUGGAAUGACAAUUAAUCAAAUUGUAAUUUUAACAUUUUAUUUCAGAGAGAUGAUUAAUUUAGAUUAUCAGUCAAUUCAUUUUAAUCGUCAUCUCUUUUUUUUUAAAUAAUCUUCUAGUCUACCACUAAAUUAAGUGAAAGGAAUCAAUUAGUCAUUGAAAUAGAAUUGUAAACAAUACAAAACAAUUUAAUUUACCACAAAGUGUAAACACAUUCAAUCAAUUUACAAGGUUCAACUUAAUCAUCUUUACAAAAUUAACUGUGAUUGUGUUUUAGGAAACAAUUAACACAACAAUCAAGUUCAAAAAAGCAAAAUUUCUAAAUCAACAUGAAAUCAAAUUGUAACAAUUUAAAAAACUUUUAUACAACAAAUAAAUUCUAGUUAAUUGUAAUAAUCUGUGUCCUCGAA